AUGUUUACAUUCUAAGGCGCUGUCGAGCACUGGGAGGUGCUGAAAUCCCUUAGUGGCCCUUUCCGCGUGAUUGGUAAACUUGACAGUUACUGACGGGCAUCCAUGGCAACCACGAAACCAAUCUGCCAAGUCCAAUAGAAAAUCAGCAGAGGGGCUGACUGUCUUUUCCCUGUUCAAAAUGUAUCUCGGUUUUAGUUUUUAUACCUCUUGUACUUUCAACCUACGAAGUUCACCAGCCGAUCGCUGCAGUAGCCAGUCAGAGGGCAUAGUUCCUCAGUGUUUUUAACCGUUGAUCUGUUCACUUUAGGAUUGCCUUUUUGCCUGAGAGAGCGAGGGGGAGAGAGGAUAAGCGCGAGAGGGGAGCGUGUGAUAGAGAGAGACGGAGAGGAAACGAGAAGCCUCCAUGUUUCAGCUGCCUAUCUUAAAUUUUAGCCCCCAGCAGGUUGCGGGGGUUUGCGAGACCCUGGAAGAGAGCGGGGACAUUGAGCGCCUAGGUCGCUUCCUCUGGUCUCUGCCCGUUGCCCCGGCAGCCUGCGAAGUCCUCAACAAGAAUGAGUCGGUGCUUAGAGCGCGGGCAAUCGUGGCCUACCACACCGGGAAUUUCCGAGAACUUUACCACAUCCUGGAGAACCACAAGUUCACCAAAGAGUCUCACACUAAACUACAGGCCCUGUGGCUGGAGGCGCAUUACCAAGAGGCAGAGAAGCUGCGGGGCCGCCCGCUAGGGCCUGUGGACAAAUACAGGGUGCGGAAGAAGUUCCCUCUGCCCAGAACGAUAUGGGACGGAGAGCAAAAGACCCACUGCUUCAAGGAGAGAACCCGACAUUUGCUACGCGAAUGGUACUUGCAGGACCCUUACCCGAACCCGAGCAAAAAGAGGGAGCUCGCGCAGGCUACUGGACUUACUCCCACACAAGUCGGAAACUGGUUCAAAAAUCGUAGACAAAGGGAUAGAGCGGCGGCUGCGAAAAAUAGGCUACAGCAAGGGUUGUCCCAAGGCUCGGUUCGGUCUUUGGCUGAUGAUGAUGGAACCGUCGAUCGACUCGGUCCCGCCUCCAGCCCCGAGGCAAGUUUGUCGAGCAAAGCCGCCACCUCGGCUAUCUCUAUCACUUCCAGCGACAGCGAAUGUGACAUCUAAUGGCGCACAAAGCAGUCGAGAGGAGGAAGAGGAUAAAUUGACAGUAUAUAAAUGAAGGAGAUCCUGAAAAACAAUCUAACAUAAAAACAGUCAUAGUGCCUGCGUUUGAAUUGAAAGAAACUGUUCUUCUUUGAUGACUGCCAAAACAUGAGGGUUCUAACGGAAUGUCUUAAAGCUAUAGGCUACUUUCAUUUUUUUUCUCCGUUUUCCACUAUGGAUGACUGAAGCUAAUGCAAGCUGAAAGAAAAUGUAAAGAAAAAACAUAUUCAUAUUCACGAUCCCUUUUUAGGGAUGACUAAUAAACCAAUGCCUCAAGUUGAAACUCAAAAUAAAUAGAAAAAAUAAGGAAAAAAGGAGAAGACAUUCGAGCGCCUAACCUGCUAUUUUCUGUGGGUAUUUCAUGUUGAAAAGACGCUGUAAUAUUUUUACUUUACUUUUAAAGUUGUAUAAAUAAUGUUUAUUUACUUAUUUAAAUGAUAGGCGCUAUUAUAAUUUGAUAUUUUUUUGCUUGGUGUUUUUAUGUUUACCUUGUCCACAGGUGAACCCGUUGAGCAUGUGCGCUUUAGUGAACAUGUGUUUCAGUAAAAAAGACAAAAAAGUAGCCUAAAGAAACGUAAUAAAAUUAUUGUUGA